CCAUAAAGGUAUUAUGCAUCUCAUGACCUCUUGUUUUCUUUGCUGCUCUCUUAUUAGCUCUCUUAUUUCCUACCAACCGCUGGCCGUUUUUUUCUUCCUAUUCAGCGAGGCAUGAAGUCAUCAUGAAAGCCUUAGGUGGGAUGCUUGCUGAAGCUUAUACAUCAUGGUCUUUUUCUAUUUCUGAAUGUUGUUCAUCCUUUACUUCUUCUUCUCACUCCGAUGAGAAGCCUCGUCAACCUGCUGUUUCCGAUUCAUUCGGUAUUAUUUAUCAAGAACCUUCAUUUGCUCUGCCUCCUUCCGCAGAGUCGUCUAGGCCAGGCACAGGGACAUCCAGUUUGGAGCGGGCUCCCAGGAAGAGACACGGUUCUGGACGGAGCAGCUCUGCGAGAAAGCUACUGCUCAGACCGAGUUCAUCGUCAUCGCGCAGGCCGCAAAUAUCAGCUCCUACCAACUUCCGCCAUGUCUAUUCGGAGUCAUUCCGCUUCCCGGACCAUGGUCUCACACAAGUAAGACCACAGCCGGCUUCUUUUCGUCCUCUUGAGCUCAGUAUAUAUAUGUCUGAUAAGAGACUUUCGCCAAUCCUUCCUCUCUUUGACUCCCCCCUACCCCCGGUCACGCCGCCUGAGCGUGUUUUUACUCUCUCAAGCCGUAGUGAAGACAGCCCGCAUAUUCCGCAUUCCCGCAGCUAUUCAUCUAUGUCGUUUCAUGUCCCCCGGAGGCCAGUUAAUGAUGGGUCUGUGUUUGACUCUCCGCAGUCAGACAUCAGCACGCCCCAGCGACCCCAACCUGCUAGACUUAGAAAUCGCACGUCGCCGGCAUCAUCAAGUCCUAUGAUGGAGGAUCUUGUUGAAAGGGUUGCGACUGCUAUGUUAGAACGGGAUAAGCUACAGGAGCAGAUUGACGAUAUAAUUGAGAGGCAGACCAUCUACGUCAGCAGCCGGCCGUCAACUGCUCAUGGACAAGCUGAAAUGGUGCCCAUGCCAGACAUCCCAGCACUUCCUCCAAAUGCUCCUUCAUUCAGUGAACGUCUUAGUUCUGACCGCCCGCACACUGCGCCAUCCCAGACCUCGGCGCGCACCUCAUAUAAGGCUAACUCAUCACGCAAGGUGGAGAACAGGAUUCUUCCCCCACCAUUGCCGCUUAGACUUAGACCACCUCUACGAAAGAAGAAAUCCUUUUCGCGGGUUUCUACCUGGCUGUUCCCUGGCGGAGAGCCCAACCGGGAUAUCAGUCUCGACUCCCUCAGCAAUGGCCCAAGACCAAUAACUGGCACAGACGGAUCUUAUCAGAUGGAUGAUCUCGAAGAGAAUCGAAGGUGCAGCGUCGAUACCCUAUCGACAAACUCAGACUGGACCAUUGAAGAAGAGCAGACUCUACCUACAAGCUUGUCGCCUAGUAGUACGACAACCCUUAGGGCAAAGUUGGAGCCUCCGAUGGCGAUCGUAUCUGGACUACGACACCCGAUGGCCUUCCAACAACGACAGAGUGUUGGUGUUGCUGUCUAAUUUCUAUUCUUCUAUGUUAUAGCAUUUUAUGAUACCAAGCGGUACUAAGGGACCGUGCAUUUAUUCAUUUCAUGCCAGAAUGGGGCAUGGUAUUAAGCGGGACAUAUAUAGAUUUGGAAGGAAAAAUCAGCAUCUAAAGCAGGUUCUAGCCAUGAUG